UUUAGAAAAAAUGUUUUUAAUUUUUUCUUUAAAAUUGAAAAAUUUUCCAAAUUGUUUGUGGUUUAAUUAAUUGUUUGAAUUAAUUUCUCUUUUGUUUUUUUUUAAAUUGUUAUUCUUUUGGUUAUAAUAAAAAUGAAUUGUAUCUCUGAAGAAGAGUUUGAUUCACUUGACUCUGGCGAGACUAUUGAUGUUAUCAAGGGAAAAGAUGAUCUUGUUGGUGAAGAGAAAAUUGAAAAGCUAAAAAUGGUCGCAAUUCAAUGUGUUCAAUCAUUCGUCCGGCAAAAUUUUAUCUGUACCAAUUGUGAUUAUCCCUUUUUAACCAAUGAAUUACUUGGUGAAUUGAGUAGAUUAUUUCCAGAUCCAUUGGUUGUUUUAUCUCCUGUCGAUGGUUAUAUUCCAGCAUUUAAAAGGUUAAAAAAUGCUUCACUUCUUUGCUAUGCAAUCCAGCAGAUUGAUCAUUUUAAACCAAAAUGUUCAUUUAGUGAUUGUAUCUGGACAAUUAGGAUUCUCAUGAUUAAACAGAGUAUCAUCAAUGAAGUAUCACCAGAUAUACUUGAAAAGCUAAGAGAAUUGGUUGGUUUCUUAGAAGAUCACCUGGAAAACAUGGACGAUAAGAAGACAAAGAUUCAAUGUUACCUUUUAUCAAGUCAAAUUUUCAUCUGGUAUCAUGAAGUUGAAUCUGCAUCUAAAUUUCUUAAUCAAGCAAUUGAAUUAAGUGACAUAGAAAUUGGUUUAACCGGUGAAUUGGGUAGAAAGACAAAAUAUCAAACCGAAUCAAAGUCUCAACUGAAAGUAAUCAUUUCACGGAAAAAUCAAUCAACCCAAUCUGAUCUCAACAGUAACGAUACAACCGAUGGUAACGAUGAUGAUGAUGCCGCUCUCAUCAUGAAAUCCUGUGAACUUCCUCAAAAUGUUAAUCUAAUGGACGAUACCCUGUUAAUUAAAGUAAAAUAUGACAACAAUUCUGAAUCAAAUGAGAUAGAUCUCUCUCCAGAAGAGGAAGCAAUUAUCUGUGGUAAAAUAAGUUACCUGAUUUGUUCAUGUGGAUCACAGGAUAAUAUGGUCCAGGAACAAGUCUCCGUCUAUUUAGAUUAUCUCAUUGACCAUUGUAAAGUUUGGCCAGUCGCAUAUAAAUGUCUCUAUCUUCGUAGUCUAUUGGAGAUUGAGAAACCUCGUAAAGUUGAAAGAUCUUUAUCACAAUUAGAGGUACUAAUUAAAUCGGUUAAUGGUGCUUCCUGUUCUGGUCACUGUUCUUGGAAAUUUAAUCUUUUCUAUUCCGUUCUGGUUGAACCAAUUUGGAAAAUUGAGAAAACUCUAGCUGAUCUUUUAUUUGCAAUGGGUGCAAUUAAAAGUGCUUUAGAAAUGUACCUUGAUUUUGAUCUAUGGGAAAAUAUAAUCAAUUGUUAUCUUAGACUUGAUCUUCGUGAUAAAGCCGAGGCUGUGGUCCGUCGUCAAUUAGAACAAGGAGAAACACCUUAUCUUCUGUGUAUUCUUGGUGAUGUUACUCUAGAUAAGAAUCAUUAUCUAAAAGCAUGGGAACUCUCUGAGAAUCGUAGCUUCAGGGCACAAAAAUCUCUGGGAGAUUGGCACUUUUCUCGUAAAGAAUAUGCUGAAUCGGUUGGUUAUUAUACCCAAGCAUUAGAAAUCAAUCCAACUAUUUAUGGAGCUUGGUCUCGAUUGGUUGCCGCUCUUACAACACAAGAUUAUCCACUUAGUGCCAAAGCCUAUCGACGAGUUGUCAACUUUGAAUCGGAUAAUUUUGAAGCUUGGAACAAUUUAUCAAAGGCUUAUAUUAAGAUGCAUGAUAAACCACGAGCUUUCCGAACUCUUCAGGAAUCAAUUAAAUGUAAUUACGAUGAAUGGAGAGUCUGGGAAAAUUUACUCCUCGUUUCCAUGGACAUUGGUGCUUUCGAUGAGGUGAUUCGAGCUUGGCAUCGAUUACUAGACCUUAAAAAUCGUUACGAUGAUGGUCAGUUGAUUGAAAUUUUGGUUAAUAGUGUAAUUGCUGAUGUUGAAGGUGCUAAUGGGGAAAAAACUUCCAAAUUAAUUCCUAAAGUUCAACAAUUAUUGGGUCGUAUUGUUGUUAAAUCUCCGGCAUCGGCACAAACCUGGAAAUCAUAUGGGAAAUUAAACCUUUCAAUUGGUGAAAAUGUUGACAAAAUUGUCAACUGUUUAACUAAAUCACAUCAAGCUUGCGUGAGAAAAGAUAACUGGGAAAAGGAUUCAAGUAAAAUUAUCGAAGUUUUAACUAAUUGCGACGAAUUAAGUGACUUUUAUCUCACAAUUUAUGAGAAAUGUGACAAUCCAGAUGAAAGGGAUCGUUUUUUAUCAUCUUUCCGUUUAUCACUUCGUAGUUUAAUUGUUACAACUGAAAGAAAUUGCCAAUACUGGGAAACAAGUGAAAACAAAAUUGCAAUCGAAAAACUAUUGAACCAUUUAAAUGAACAAUCAAAAAUCAUUUGCUCCAAAUUGGGUAUUGACCCUUAACUAUUGACCAACAAUGACCUCCAACUAAUUAAGGACCAACCUUGUGUUUACCUUUUUAAAUACAAGAACUUUUCUUUUGCAAUCAAAGUGCAAUUUAUUUAAAUGUAAAAUGUACCUUGUUAAUUUCGUCUUAACAAGUUAUGUAAAUUGAAAAGAAAAUCAAUACAAAUUGACAAUAUGAUCAAUUGUCAUUUAAUUUUGAUUAGAA